AACAUAGCAAUAAAAUACCACCAGAUUUGGUAAUUUAUAAUUCCAGAUCUUUUUUCCGACAAUUCUAACUGCCUUAUGAAGAUUCACGCGUGACUGCAUCACCUUGAGUAGCCCUAUGAAAUCAAUUCCUGAUGGUACUCUUUGCACCAUGCUGAAGAUCUUUUCUAAUCAUUUUCUCUAAUUUUCUGCAUAAUUCGCCUUCUCCGGGAAUUGAAACCCAGACCUCUUCCUGUAGAAAUUGCGUUGUUUGAAGUUUGAACCCCAUACCUGAAUGUAGAAUAAGCCUUUAAACAUUUACCACUAGGACACGGUGCUUUCACCUAUAAUUCGAGAUCUUAUCAUCAUUUAUAUAUAUAAAAUGAAACGAAAUUCUUCGGUCAAUCCUCCUAAAAUCAAGAGAAUAUCAUUUUGCGCGAUUUGUUUUCUUCUUUUUAUACUUAUCACUUGGUGCCAUACGACGAAGGCCUCCCAUAAACCCUAAUAUUUCUCUGAUUCCUUCUCCGAAAAUGGAAGUUAAUAUUCGCACAACAGUAGCAGACUAUAGGCUUACCGUUCCAGUACGUGGUGAGUUGACAUUUCACAUUAACCCUGUUGGCGGACUCCUACCACAGAUUGACCGUAGACUAUACGUUAAUGAAGCCCGUGUUUAUUCUCAGGCUGGUGGUGGAUUCACAAUUAAGCUUAACCCUGUUGGCCUACCCGUGCCACCUCAAGCUGGUGGUGUUAAGGAGGAAUAUGAAUCUGAAAACCCUAAACUUCCAUAUCCAUCUCCAGGAAAGGCUAACCCUAAGGUUUUCCUUGAUAUGACUGUGUGCGGCAAACCUGUUGGUCGGAUCGUGAUGGAGCUCUUUGCCGACACGACCCCACGGUCGGCAGAGAAUUUCUGCGCCCUCUGUACAGGCGAGAAAGGCAUGGGGAAGAAGGGUAAGCCACUCCAUUACAAAGGAUCAAUCAUCCACCAUAUUUUCCCCGAUUAUAUGAUUGGCGGAGGAGAUUUCAAUGACGAAAGGAAAGGAUGCGGAGGCGAAUCAAUCUACGGCGGUAGUUUUUUCGAGGAUGAGAACUUCUUCAAAAACACACCGUUCCAGCACACCAGUCCGGGUAUCAUCUCCAUGAACAACCGUGGUCCUGACACCAACGAAUCUCAGUUUAUGAUCUGUUUGACGGAGAACCGGGAACUUGACGAUGUACACGUCGUGUUUGGCCAAGUUGUUGAAGGAUUGGAUGUGGUCAGGAUCAUUUCAAAGGAACAUGUUAGGGACAAGCUUUCCAGGCCCGUGAUGAUUGCUGACUGCAGUCUGAUUUCAUAGGUCUGAGAUAUUUUCAAGUACAAUGGUUGUUUGUGUCCUUUUGAUGUUUGGUCGGGUGUUUUUUUCUUUUUGUUCCUCUGUUUUUUUUUUUCUUUUCUUGAAUUUAGAUUGGCUACCAUUGC